UCUAACCCCUAAGUCACGAAGUCCUCGAUCUACAGAAAAUAGAGUUUUCUCGCGUCACUCGUAAUUUGCCGGGUCAUUGUGAGAUUUGUUAAUAAACAUGGCAGGCACAGCAGGACCCAAGGAUGUUAAUUCGUUUUUAAGUCAAAAACAAAAUACCCCGGACAAGGAAUUGGCGGCGGAAUGGGCCCAGCUGGAGGAGUUGUACAACAAAAAGCUCUGGCAUCAGCUCACGUUGAAGCUGGAGACAUUUGUCAAGCAUCCAUCACUCCAGAAAGGGGAUAAUCUCAUUCAAUUGUACAAAAACUUCCUCUCGACAUUCGAGAACAAGAUAAAUCCCCUAUCCCUUGUGGAGAUCCUGGCUCACGUGAUUGAACAGUUCACUGACAAAAGGGAGGCCAUUAAAUUCCUGGAAUCCACCGAGCCAAAAGUCGAAAAGAAUAAUGAAGCUGUGUCCCUCUGUAAAGUCCUACAGGGACAGAUUCUCCUGGAUAAACUCAAUGACCAGGAGAAAACGAAGAAAGUCAUUGAGGAUGUUGAGGCAAUGCUGGAUAAUGCUGAUGGGGUGACCACUGUCCAUGGGAGAUUUUACCUCCUGGCGAGUAGAUUGUACAGACUCCAGGGGAAACACGCUGAAUAUUACCGCACCGCCCUGAGGUAUUUGGGAUGCAUCGACGUGGAGACCCUGACGAAACAAGAGAAGGAGCAGCACGCAUUUUUCCUGGGUCUAGCUGCUCUUCUGGGUGAAGGGGUGUACAACAUCGGAGAACUCCUAGCCCACCCUGUGCUCCAGUCCCUCAGGGGAACACCCAAUGCCUGGUUGGUGGAUCUUCUUCAGGCAUUCAAUGCUGGGGACAUCGCAGCACUAGAGAGACUCAAGCCCCAGUGGUCCAAAGUCGCUGAUCUAGCCGCCCAGGAGUUGAAGCUCAGACAGAAAAUUUCACUCCUCUGUCUCAUGGAGAUGACGUUCAAACGCCAGUCGAAUAAUCGUCAACUGUCAUUUUCGGAGAUUUCCCAAGAGACUCGUCUCCCAGUGAACGAAGUCGAACUCCUGGUGAUGAAAGCCCUGGCCCAAGGUCUCGUUCGUGGGGCCAUCGAUCAAGUCGCUGGUAUCGUCAACAUGACAUGGGUUCAACCACGAGUUCUUGAUCGAACGCAAAUCACAGGAAUGGUACAGCAGCUGGAGAGAUGGUGCAAGGACGUCAACACCAUGGAGCACCUCCUGGAGUCUCGCGCCUCCGAAAUCCUUACACUUUAACUCCAAAAUUCCACAAUUUUUUUUCACUAAGAAAAUACUGUUGUCGUGUUGACACAAUAAUUCAUUAAAAUUAUCAACAAUUAUCUUUGAAGUAAUAAAAAUUGUACAAAUCAAA